AUGGCGGGCGCGGCGGGCGGCGGCGGCGGCCGCGCGGGGCUUUGCCCCCCGGGCGGCCUGGAGCAGCUGGAGCUGGGGCGGCUGCGGGACCCGUCGGGCGGCCGCGGCUCUUCCUGCUCGCCGUCGCCGCCGCUUUCCUCUUGCUCGAGACAGGCCUGGAGCCGCGACAACCCCGGCUUUGAGCCCGAGGAGGACGAGGCGGCCCGGGCGGCGGCGGCCGCGGCGGCGGGGCCGGUGCUGCAGAUGGACGUGGAGUGGGGCCGCGGCGGGGCAGCCUCGCCCUCGCUGUCGUCCGGGGGCCCCAGCGGCGACAGCGGGAGGCAGCGGCGGCACAGGCGGCGCGGGGAGAAGGAGGAGGAAGGCGGCGGCGGAGGAAGGGACGCGGACCGCGCGUACCCCGCGGCCGGCGCAGGAGGCGACGCGCUGCCCUCGCAUUUCCCGCCGCACGAGGCGGACGGCGAGCCCGCGGAGCCGCCGCCCCACCGCGUCGCCUGGGCCAAGGGGCUGGCGCGCCGCCUGCGAGGUCUGUGGGGUACAAGGCUAAUGGAAGAAAGCACAACCAGAGAGAAAUACCUAAAAAGUGUUCUACGAGAACUAGUCACAUACUUGAUUUUUCUCCUGAUCCUGUCUAUCUUGUCUUACGGAACAAUGAAUUCUAGCAUGUACUACUACACAAAGGUGAUGUCACAACUCUUUCUAGACACACCACUAUCAAAAAUGGAGAAGACCAACUUCAAAUCUUUGUCCACAAUGGAAGACUUCUGGAAGUUCACUGAGGGCCCUUUGCUAGAUGGACUAUACUGGGAGAUAUGGUACAACAAUAAAACAGUGGCAGAGAAUAGAAGUUUCAUCUACCACGAGAACCUGCUUUUGGGAGUACCUCGUAUCCGACAACUGAAAGUGAGGAAUGGUUCAUGUUCAAUUCCAGAAGAUUUAAAAGAUGAAAUUAAGGAUUGCUAUGAUGUUUACUCAGUGGGUAAUGAAGAUACUGCUCCAUUUGGGCUCCGCAAUGGAACUGCUUGGACUUACACCAGUGAAAAAGAUUUGAAUGGAAGUAGCCACUGGGGGCUGAUUGCAACAUACAGUGGAGCUGGUUAUUACCAGGAUCUUUCCAGAAAUAAAGAGGAGACAUCAGCAUUGAUUGCUAGUCUUAAGAAGAACUUGUGGCUUGACAGAGGCACCAGGGCAGUGUUUAUUGAUUUUUCAGUGUACAAUGCAAAUAUCAAUCUCUUCUGUAUUAUCAGGUUACUGGCAGAGUUCCCACCAACAGGAGGGCUCCUCACAUCUUGGCAAUUCCAGCCAUUGAAGCUGAUCCACUACAUUUCUCCUUUUGACUUCUUCCUGGCCGCAUGUGAAAUUGUUUUUUGCCUCUUUAUUAUUUACUACAUGGUGGAAGAAAUCCUAGAAAUUCACUUUCACAGGCUGUUCUAUUUCAGAAAUCUUUGGAAUUGUCUAGAUGUUCUCAUUAUUGUGCUAUCACUGGCAGCUAUAGGAAUUAAUAUAUAUCGAACAUCUACUGUGGAUAGGUUAUUGAAGGAACUGCUUGAAAAUCAAAAUAGCUUCCCCAAUUUUGAUCCUCUAGCAUACUGGCAAAUACAGUUCAACAACAUUGCAGCAGUCACCAUGUUUUUCGUCUGGAUGAAGCUCUUUAAAUUUGUCAGCUUCAAUCGAACAAUGAGCCAGUUAUCUUCCACAAUGUCACGAUGUGCCAAAGAUGUUCUUGGCUUUGCCAUUAUGUUUUUCAUCAUUUUCUUAGCCUAUGCUCAGUUAGCCUAUCUUGUGUUUGGCACACAAGUUGAUGACUUCAGUACCUUCCAGGCCAGUGUCUUUACUCAGUUCCGCAUCCUGUUGGGAGAUUUUGACUUUACAGAAAUUGAAGAAGCUAACAGAGUUUUGGGACCAGUUUAUUUCACUACAUUUGUGUUCUUUAUGUUCUUCAUUCUUUUGAACAUGUUUUUGGCCAUCAUCAAUGAUACAUACUCAGAAGUUAAAUCAGAUAUGGCACAGCAGAAGUCUGAAAUGGAACUGUCAGAUCUCAUAAAAAAGGGGUACACUAAAGCCAUGGUGAAAUUAAAAUUGAAAAAAACGCCAGUUGAUGAUAUUUCAGAAAGUCUGCGACAAAGUGGAGGAAAAUUAAACUUUGAUGAACUACGGCAAGACCUAAAGGGUAAAGGGCACACUGAUGCUGAGAUUGAAGCCAUUUUUACAAAGUAUGACCAAGAUGGGGAUCAGGAAUUGACUGAGCUGGAACAUCAGCAGAUGAGAGAUGAUUUGGAAAAAGAGAGGGAGGACUUGGAGCUAGAUAGAAGCUCUCUGAACCGUCCACUGAGUGGCCGUAGCUUCCCACGAAGCCUCGACGACUCCGAAGAGGAUGACGACGAUGACAGUGGACACAGCUCCAGGCGGAGAGGGAGCAGCUCGAGCGGGGUUUCAUAUGAAGAGUUUCAAGUGUUGGUUCGGCGAGUGGACCGCAUGGAGCAUUCCAUAGGCAGCAUUGUUUCAAAGAUUGAUGCUGUCAUUGUGAAGCUGGAGGCAAUGGAGAGAGCAAAGCUGAAGAGGAAAGAGGUGCUGGGGAGACUACUGGAUGGAAUCACGGAGGAUGAAAGGUUGGGCCGCGACAAUGAACUCCACAGGGAGCAAAUGGAGAGGCUUGUACGGGAAGAACUGGAGCGCUGGGAGUCGGAUGAUACAGCAUCCCAAGUGAGCCACCGACUGGGCACCCCGGUGGGGCUCAACGGCCAGUCCCGGGCUAGGAGUUCCCGCCCUUCUUCCUCGCAGUCCACAGAAGGCAUUGAUGGGGCAGCGGGUGGAAAUGGUGGGAGCAACGUUCAUGCCUAGCACUUUUCAUUCUUGAAAAAGAAUUAAAUACUCACAAGAAUACCCAAAUGACAGAAUGCUCCAUGACACAAGAAGGUAGAUUCAGUAAGCCAACAAAAUUAGGAAAUAAACUACUAUGCCUGCUUCUGCCUCUUAAGGACCAGCUAUUUAUUUAAAAUUAAGUCCUGAAUUCUGUUCCAUCCUCUCAGACCAAAAUGACACACAUUUUCUUUCACUUAAAGAAAGCAGUGUCUUAGUUAGUAAUGUUAAUUAUCAGCUCAUUAAAGCUGCAGUCCUGUGCAUGCAUACCAGAGAGUAAGACCCACCAAACUCAGUGGGACUCAUUUUCAAGUAAACACAAAUAGGAUUUCAAUGUAAGUGGCUGCUUCACAUGGGUUCAUAUGUAUAAGGACAUAAUCCUGUGCUCCCUAGACAUCUUCUGAAGAGCUAUAGGUCACUGGGGGUUGCCACCUCUGAUGCCCCAGACAGAGAUCCCUCAACUGCCCCCUCAGCCACUGCAGAAAGGUCCACAGUGGGUCCUCUUCCCAGGUCAAUAUCAUGACCUCAAACAAGGAUAAGAGGGAAAGUGAGAUGCUGGAGAUGCCUUGCACUCAGUGCUUUCUUCUUUUAAAAAUAUAUUUCGUCCUCUAGAGAAAAGACUAAAUUAUAGAGAUCUAAUAUUCUAUAGAAGUAUAAAAUACUUCCAGUUUGAUUUCAAAUCAGUUAUGUUCUUAAAGUGGAAUUUGAAAUUUAACUGUACCUUUAACUUCUGGUUUUCUGGAAGUUUGCAAUGUUUGUUUGCCUAAUCUAUAGCUCAUGAGUUUACAUUGAAAUAUGUGAUGGUGGAAAUCUACUAUUUGCCAGUUUGAGUACUCCUUUUUUGUCUUGACACUCCUUCCAUGGGAUCAAAUCUGUUCAGCUUUCCCUGUGGGUUCUUCUGUGUGUAAGUUUUGUUUAGCAGUCUGGUCUCAUAGAACCUGAGCUGUUUGCCUUACCCUACUAUAAAUAAUUACAGCUAACUAUAAAUAAUUACAGCUAAUUGCUCUGCCACUAGGUUUUUCAGUUUGCUUGUCUUAGAGGGGAGCACUGUACUCUGGUAGGGCACAGCCCCAUGCAUUUUUAGACAGGAAAAAGUCCUACAACUCCCAGCGUGCCCCAGCCAGGGCAUGCUGGCAUGUAGGACCUUUUCUGUACAAACAGGCACAAGACUGUGCCUUUAGGAUAAUUAAAGAGUUACGCCUCCUUCCUAAGCGAGAUAAUCACCCACUGAAUUUUUAAACUUUCCCUGAAUAGAAAUACAAAGAUUAUGGCUUGCUUGUAAGUAAAUGUAAGGGAAGUGUCCAGACCAAAAGUUCAAGAUCCAUCUCCAAUUUCAAGGAAGGAGGGUAUGGCAUUACUCAAUAACAUCAUAACUUACUGCCAAAAAAGUGACCAGUUUAUCAUCAUUUCUCCACUCCGUGUCUGCUUUCUCUCAAAAGGGAGUCUUUAGCCCUCUCUGAAAUUAUUCUAGCAGGUCACUGGAAUUUCCUGUUAUUCAGACAAGCAGUAGCUCUGAAAGGGUCAGGCGAGGCCAGCUGCUCCCUGGCUCUUUCAGUGGGGUUCGAUUUGCAACGCAUGCUUCUACAGGUGAGUGGUUUUAUAGCACCCAAUUGCGGUUGUCCUCCCACUUACAGAAUCAGCAUCCUCUGUAGUCCAAAUGACAUUCUGUAACUAGAUGGGCCACAAAUGUUGUGGGGAGGCAGUUUGCCUCUGGACCAAAGCAUGGCGGAACAUGAGAAGGUGAACUACACCCUCCUCCCUCAGGGCAGCCCUGACACCAAGUUCUCCCCCCAUAUAUCGUUAGGCACCGAUGGCAAUCACUGUAUGGCUAACAUUAGACAUGGAACAAAAACUGGGUAGGCUGCGUUUCGGGAAUAUAGUAGCAGUGCAGAUCAAAUCAUUGGAGAUUUUGAAGCACUACAUGCAGUGUUUUUCCAUACAGCUAACAGUGAGUUCUAUGGACAUACUCAAUUAGCUGUAACGCAGGGAAUCGUGUGUAUGUAUAAAUAAAUGUGUGGUAUAAGGCACUUCAACCCAUACAUGGUUGACAUAUACCAGCAUUAGUGCCAAGGUUAACUACACAAAGCAUUUUGUGCCUUUCCCAUGUUUUACUGGUCCCAAGCAAUAGCGUGGGAAAUUACCUUUGAACCAUACCUUGAUGUUCUUAUUUUUAAAACCUUGGUCUUUUCACAGCCACUUCCAAUACUUCAGUUGUUAAUAUGAAAAACAAAUGUUCACAUUCAUAAUCUUGAUAGUUUAUAUUUCUGUAACAUGUUGUUACUUAAUAACAAACUUCAUUUUGGAGUGCUAUAAGAUUUCAUGGGUUAUCCAUGUGUAUUGACAAUGUACAUACAGUUAAAGUAUGACAGCUAAAGGUUUUUUUAGCUUUUUAUUUCCCACCAUGUAAGUGUAUGCUUGUGAAUUACUACCCUGUUGCCAUGAUAAUGUCCUCAAAGCAAAAAUUAUAAAUGUUCUUGUUUUAGAAAACAAUUAUACAGGUUUCCCAUUGUGAUCAAAGAUGUAUUGGAUUAAGAGUGACCAUCUCCCUACCAAAUAAAAUACGUUAUCUGGUUUAUACUA